AAACCCUAUGCCAUUUGUGCAGGCACCUAACGGCUUUAUGCCUAUGCAUGUUCCUGUUCCUGGUUCUUCGGCCCCAGCCAUGGCUUCUGCAGAGAGUCCAUCUUUCUUGUGGUUUGGGAUUUUGUUUUGAUAUGCCCGAUCAAUACUUGGAUCACCGUGAGAAUUCUUCGGCUUUGGGUUUUUGAUUUCUGUGUCUUCACUGGUUAUGGUGAGAGCUCGGCUGCCUCCUUGUUGCGGUUCGUUUAGAAAAAAGUGCCCACUUCAUCCUCUCUAUGUAUUGGUAUGCUUGAAUUUUUCGUAAUUUGUGAGUAUACAUGCACAUGAAUAUGAUAUGCAAGCUUACUUGUCAAAUAAAAAAGAAAACAUGUUGCUGAUUUCUUCAAUAUUUCAAAUUUUCAAUUGAGAACUUCUCUAGAGUAGGGGUUGCUGCCCUUAGAUUCGAAUUCGUUCGACUAGUUAGUUCGUUAUGAUGGGGGAGGUUUAAGUAUUCAAGUUGUGACAUGGUUCCUUCAAGUAGGUCGAUCUUCUGUAAGUUUUAAGAUUGUUUUCACAUUCAUGGAAUCUCAACUGAAGGCCAUGCUAAGCAAAGUGAGUUUAGUUCUAGACUUUCAGUUUGUGCUUUGUGAUAUUUUGUUCUCCUUUUGUUUCAUGCUUAAUUUUCUUAUAUCCUUAUGGCUUAAACAUAAGGUGCCAUUCAAAGUGUAGAUUUUCUAAUGUCAUCACCUAAGAUGAGAUAUUGGGUGUCUCUUGAAUGCCAUGUGUCACAUAAUAGCACUUGGUGUUCUGAAGCUUGAUUUCAGAAGAUGACUAAGGUAAGACGGGCUUAUUCUACUAUGAUUCAUGGUAGAUGUUAUUUUUGUUCUCUUAAUUUGUGUUUUGUCUCUCUUCAGCAUAUCACAAUUGUAAUACCUUUUUAGGUUUUCUCUAAUACAUCUAUACCCUUUUCUUGUGGCGUAAGUGGCAAUGAAUUGGAGAAUCAAAGAGGUUAUGUUAUUUCCAUCAAUUUAUUAUUCAAACUUCACUUGUUGUUUGGAAGUCGAUUGUCAAUUGGCAGGGGAAAUUUUGGCCCUUUGAUUUUCUAUGAUCUGGUCUAACAAGCUUCCAUAGCCAUUGUGCCCAUUUAUGCAGGCAUUCCUCGUUAUCCUACUCCAUUCGUGACUAUGAUUCGGCCUGGUUUCCCUCCACGCCCACCCACUGCAAUGGGUGCUAUGCCACCUCUUUCACGGCCCCCUAUGCCAGGGAUACGUGUUGUCCCUCCUAUUAUGAGCCCUCCAGUUAGGCCUGCCGUUCCGAUUAUACCCAUGAUGGAGAAGCCACAAACAACAGUUUAUGUGGGCAAGAUAGCGACCACUGUGGAAAACGACUUUUUACUCUCACUUCUUCGUCUUUGUGGGCCAGUCAAGAGUUGGAAACGUGCUCAAGAUCCGUCCAAUGGGGCUCCAAAGGGUUUUGGAUUUUGCGAGUUUGAGUCUGCUGAAGGGGUGCUUCGUGCGCUGCGUCUGUUGAGUAAAUUUAAUGUCGACGGUCAAGAACUAGUGCUAAAUGUGAAUCAGGCGACUAGGGAUUAUCUCGAACGUUACGUCGAGAAGAAAAUUGAGAGGGAGAAACAAACGAAGGAAGCUGGAAAUGGAAAUGCUGCAAAAGAGGAAGAGACUGCGCCUGGUGUUGAGAAGAACGAUGAGCAGAAAACUUUGUCGGAAGAGCUAAACAAGGAAACUGAUGAAUCAAAUGACAAAGCUAAUAAGCAAGACACUGCCAACUUUGGUAUUGUGACAGAUGAGGAUCGUGAAGGUGACAAGGAUGCUCUCGAGAAGCUCGCAAAUAUGAUGGAGGAGAGGUCCAAGACCAGACCCCUCCCCCCUCCACCCAUUCCAGCUCCUGGAGAUCCUUCUGGCAAGUCAAAUUCCGAAGUGCCCACGAGGUCCCGGGAUGGGGAUUCUGAUGUAGAUAUUGUGAAAAGUGUUGCUUCUGAUGCAGAUAUGGCUGAAGACAAGAAUGAUGAUGAGACAACUAGUGAAAACAAAACCCAUGACCAUGAAAGGCCUGAGACAAGCUCGUCAGAUCGGGGUAGAAGGCAUGAUAGGGGCAGGGAGAGGGACAGGGAGCAGGACCUCAAGAGAGAAAAGGAGCGAGAAUUGGAGAGGUAUGAGAGGGAGAGGGAAAGGGAGAGGUUAAGAAGAGAGAGGGAGAGGGAGCAGAGGAUCCGUGAGGCUGAGCGUAUUUAUAAGGAGCGAGUGAAGGAGUGGGAGUCUCGAGAGAGAGAGAAAGAAUAUCAACGGCUGCAUGAGAAGGAGAGAGAAAAGGAAAGGGAGCGAGAGCGUCGAAGAGAAAUUAAGGAUCAAGAAGAAGAGAGUGAUGAGGAUGAUACAAGGAAGCGGAGGCAUAGGAGCAGUGUUUAUGAGGAGAAACGUAAAAAGAGGCAGCGAGAAAGAGACGACGAUAUGGCCGAUAGAUUGAGAGAAGAGGAGGAGAUUGCAGAAGCAAAAAGGAGAGCUUUAGAAGAGCAGGAUAAGACAGAGGAACCUGUCUUAGUCAAUGGUAGUGAGAAUCUGCAGAAGCCUGUGGAAGAAAACAACAUCAAGGUCAGAGGAAAUUCUGCUGAGCCUGCUGAAGAGAACAGCUUGGGGGAUGAAAAUCGCACGGGGGAUGUGGCUCCGAGGAACGGAAAUGUAAGUUUCUCCGGUGAUGAACCGAUUGUGGAUUCCUCUAGUGCUUCAGAUACAAGGCAGAAUAGCAUUGCUCCUACUCGAAAACUAGGGUUUGGGCUCAUGGGUUCUGGUAAAAGGACGUUCGUUCCUUCUGUUUUCCAUGAGGAUGAUGAUGAGGAAACCCAUAAGGAGAAGAAGAUGAGGCCUUUAGUGCCCAUUGACUACUCUACUGAGGAAUUGGAGGCUGGUCAAGCAUCAAUGACAUCAGGGCCAUCCCCAAAUUUGGCAGCCGCUGCUGAAUUUGCUAAGAAAAUCUCUAAUGUAACCCCAAAAGAAGAGAGAGUAGACUAUGAGAAGGACAGGACUCGACGUUCCAGUGAUAGGUCAGGUCAGAGAGACAGGGAGCGAAAUGAAGAUGAGAGUAAGGAGAGGUCGCGUGACCGGGAAAAUGGUCUUGACAAGCCGAAGCCAAUUGAAAACCAGAAGCUAUUGGAUGCGAAGCAAUUGAUAGAUAUGAUCCCUAAGACUAAAGAGGAGCUGUUCUCUUACGACAUCAACUGGGAGGUUUAUGACAAGCACGAGCUGCAUCACAGAAUGAGGCCAUGGAUCUCAAAGAAGAUCACCGAGUUUCUUGGGGAAGAAGAAGCCACUUUGGUAGACUUUAUUGUUUCAAGUACCAGGGACCACGUGAAGGCAUCCCAAAUGCUGGAGCUGCUUCAAGCCAUCUUGGAUGAUGAGGCUGAGAUGUUUGUACUAAAGAUGUGGAGAAUGCUCAUAUUUGAAAUCAAGAAGGUUGAAACUGGCCUCUCCAUGAAGACAAAGGCCUGAAUUAGAUACGAAUAUAUGUUCCUUACCCAGCCUAACUCCAUUGAGAAAGCCAAGACACCUUACCUGUAAUUUCUUGCCACAAAAUGAGGUAAACCAAGAAAAGCCUAUGGCGAAAGUGUUCCUUGAAUCAACAGUAUGCUUUGGGGAAGGCUUCUCUUUUUUCUUUCCCCACUUUCCUUGUAAAUUUAGAUGCAAGAGAACCUCUUCCCUCUUGGUCUAUCUUGCAGCACCAGCACAUAUGAUGGAGAAGAAGUGAGGUGACUGGUCUACUCGAGUCUCGGAACAAAAUGUAUGUUUUGGAAUUUUGAGUUAUCCUACGAAUGAGCAAAACAUCAAUAAGUACCUUCCUAUUUUACAGUUGUGAUAAUGGAAAUUGUAAUUCAUUUUGUUUUAAUUGGAUC